AAAGGAGAGAGAGAGGGGAAAGAGUGGUCAAACGCUGCUGCUUAAUUCUAUAUCUCUAUCUCUUUUGAUCUAUAAAUUUGAUUAUAAUUAUUGAAGAGAAGUUUUUGAAGAGAGAGAGAGAGAGAGAGGAAGAAAGAGGGUAGUUUUCAUGGAGGCUCAACAAGCUUUGGCAACCAUUGAUGAUGACAGAGUUCAAUCAACUGGAGAAGGAGAUGAUAAACAAGCUUCUCCUAAUCCUAAACAACAUAUUCAUCUUAAGGUCCCUUCUAUGGGUGACUUGGAAAAGCCUUCCAUGGAAAAUCUUUCAGUCCCAUCAGCUUCUAAUUCAAUAACUUGGAAGGAAGAGGAUGAUGAGCAACGUCAUGAAGAAAGAAUGAAAAGGACGAAAGUUGAAAUGAGGGAAGUAAAGGAAGAAAACGAGAGGUUAAAGAAAUAUUUGGAUGAAAUAAUGAAAGAUUAUGAGACAUUGAAAAGGAAAUUCCAUGAGAUUAAGAAUAAUCAUGAUGAUCAAAUUAGAGAAGAAGGCAAAAAAUCAACACAAACAAGUGGAAGUACAAUAAAUAAUAAUAAUAAUGAUAAUGAUGACGAUCAUCAAGUUGAAGCUGAAGUUGAUGACAUGGUUUCACUCAGAUUAGGAUCAAGAUUCUCAACCCAUCAUCAAAACAAGAACACUUCUUCUUCUUCCUUAUCUCUAACUAAUAAGAUCUUAGAUCUCAAACAAGAUUAUGUUAUUCAAACCCCAUCAACUAUUGAUCACAGUAUUCAUAGUCCAACCCACAGCGAACCUAAAGAUCAGGAAGAAGCCGGACAGACGACUUGGCCGCCGAGUAAAAUGCCGAAGCCUGGCGGUUUGCCCUCACCUGCUACCGGAGAAGAUGAAGUUUCUCAACAGAAUCCUCCUAAGAAAGCUAGGGUUUGUGUUAGAGCUCGAUGUGAUACUCCAACGAUGAACGAUGGAUGUCAAUGGAGAAAAUAUGGACAAAAGAUAGCAAAAGGAAAUCCAUGCCCUAGAGCUUAUUAUCGAUGCACGGGUGCACCCACUUGUCCCGUUAGAAAACAAGUACAAAGGAGUGUUGAUGAUAUUUCCAUACUAAUAACAACCUAUGAAGGAACUCACAACCAUCCUCUACCUGUUUCAGCCAUGGCCAUGGCUUCCACCACCUCCGCUGCCGCUUCCAUGCUACUCUCGGGCCCUUCCUCCUCCACCUCCUCCCAACCUGGCCUAAACCAUUCAUUUACCGCUCCUGCGACUGCUGCGAAUCUUCAUGGAAUGAACAUGUAUCUCUCUAACAACACCAAUUCAAAGCAAUUCUAUUUGCCAAACUCUUCAAUGCUAUCUUCCUCUCUAAACCAUCCCACAAUCACUCUAGAUCUCACUUCAAAUCCUCCUUCAACUUCCUCCUCUUCUCCUUUCCAUAAAAUCCCUUUAAUUAAUAACAAUAAUUAUCCCCCAAAAUAUCCCUUCACAAAUCUUGACUUUGCCUCUUCACAGCCCAAUUUCAUGUCUUGGAAUAAUAACAAUAAUGCUUAUAGUAAUAUUACCAAAAACAAUGCAAUAAUAGGAAUGGGAUCGGAUUUUGCUAAACAACUUCCUCUUCAUACUAACAUCUACCAAGCUUGUCUUCAACAACUUUCUAAACCUUCAACGACUCCCCAGCCACCAGCUCUACCAGAUACGAUAGCAGCGGCAACUAAGGCAAUUACAUCAGACCCGAGUUUCCAAUCGGCAUUGGCGGCUGCGUUGAGUUCGAUUAUCGGAGGCGGGGAGACGGGUCCGAGUGUUUCUAGCUUAGUUGUUGGAGGAGGAGGAGGAGGAGGACAAGGAAGUAUGGGGUUUGAGGCAGCUAAGUCGUUAACAUGCUCUACUUCUAAGAGUACUCCUUCUUCAUCUCCUGGGGAUAGUAGAGAUAAUGGGAAGUGAAGAGUUUGUGUGGAUGAUGAAUUUUAUAUUUAGAACAACUUGAGAUUUUUGUAAAUAACCCAUCAAAAAAUUAAGGGUUCUUUGAUCUUUCGACCAUUAUUGAUCUUGUCAAGAAAUGUUCAUAUAUAGAACAAAUUUUGUCAUGUGAAUUGAUCAAUUGAUUUUCAUUCUUCUUAGGAAAAUUGGUAAGAA